CUGAAUGACUGGAAGUGAACAUGAUGUCUAAGCUCAGGUUUUGGCUGUGCCUCUUUAUUGUGGUGUGCUUGAGGAUACACCACACGCAUGGCUGGUUCUGGUUCGAUGACUCGAAAGAAAAUGCAAAGGGCGCACAGACACCGGCUUACCUGACAACUGUAAGGCCCACAUCACCCCCAAGGACAGAACCGCCCAGAACAACAGAAGAAAGUGGAGUGUCGUUGUUGCAGUUAAUUGGUGAUCCUCCACCUGAUGGCGUCUCCAAAGUAUUUGACGAUGCUAACAACCCUGGCUAUGUGUUCGACCAAAGGUCCAAUGUGGGUCAGUCAGCUGCGGCUCACCUGCCCAACCCUUUCUUCCAUGACUUCUCGCUCAUCUUCAACAUAAAACCCACGUCCUCCAAGCCUGGAGUCAUCUUCUCCAUCACUGACCCAACUCAGAACAUCAUGUAUGUUGGUGUGAAGCUGUCAGCGGUGGAGAAGGGCAAGCAGUAUAUCAUCUUCUACUACACUGAGCCUGACUCACAGAGCUCAUACGAGGCGGCCAGAUUCUCUGUGCCCUCCAUGGUGAACACCUGGACCCGGUUUUCCAUCAGUGUUUUGAAUGAGCGUGUUUCCCUCUACUUCAACUGUGACUCAGAUCCUCAGGUCAUCAGUUUUGAGCGGUCUCCAGAUGAUAUGGACCUGGAUGCCGGGGCGGGAGUGUUUGUUGGUCAUGCCAGUGGAGCAGACCCUGAUAAGUUUUUGGGUGUUAUCGGCGAUAUAAGGAUGUUGAAAGACCCUGGGGCAGCUGAACGACACUGUGAAGAAGAUGAGGAUGACUUUGAUGCGAAUCUACAGGGAUCAGGUGAUUACGGAGCAAGUGGAGAUGGAGAGGGACCACCAUCGGUCCAGCCGACCCCUCCCUCCUCUCGGCCGAUCCAGCAGCCGCCGGUGACCAGCAGACCGCUUGUUGAGAAGCAGCAGAUAGGCUCAGUCGAUUCUUCUUGGCAAAUUUCUGGCUCCUACGGUGAUUCUCGACAAACAUCCGGCUCAUAUGGCGGUUCUCGAAAAACAUCUGGCUCAUAUGGGGAUUCCCGAAAAACAUCUGUCUCCCACGGUGGUUCUCGGCAAACAUCUGGCUCAUACGGUGAUUCUGAACAAACUUCUGGUUCGUAUGGUUAUUCCCAAACAAACUCUGGAUCGUAUGGUGAUUCUCGACAAUCAUCGGGCUCAUAUGAUGGUUCUCGACAAACUUCUGGCUCAUAUGGUGACUCUCGACAAACGCUUGACUCAGUUGGUGUUAGCAGGCAAACUUCAGGGUCAUAUGAUGAUUCUAGACAAGCUUCAAACUCUUUAAGUACAUCAGGCUCAGCUGGCGAUGGCAUACGGUAUUCUGUGGAGUCCAGGCUCGGUCCUGCAGGUUCAACAGGUGGGUCGCUAAUGAAGAGAUCAAAAUCUCUCAAAUGGACAUGGAAUUUCUGGAUAGAAAUUCUCAGCAGAAAUUCUCAUAUCCGCCUCACAAGCACAUACGGACUUCCAGGUCCAUCAGGUGCUGAUGGAAAACCAGGCUUACCUGGCCCAAAAGGAGAAAAGGGUGAUGCCGGUGAGCUGGGCCUACCUGGACCUGUGGGAGAGAAGGUCAGUUUGCGUAAUAUGUGCACCUCCUAUCUCUAUGAUCUUCUCUCCUACUCUACCUCAUCCUUCUCUAAAGCUGCAGGGUGGCAGCAAAACUCCUACUUUCCCAGCUAUCUCUAUGAUCUUCUCUCCUACUCUACCUCAUCCUUCUCUAAAGCUGCAGGGUGGCAGUAUGAUGAAACUGGAGGACCAGGGCCUCAGGAUGGGGCUGGUUUUACUGGUCAAGCAGGAUUCCCAGGCCCAAUGGGACCAAAGGGUGACAGAGGAGAACCUGGUUCACCAGGCUAUGGCAUUAAGGGGGAGAAAGGAGAAUCCGGACUAAUUCUUGGACCUGAUGGAAACCCACAUUACCUUGGUGGACUGACAGGCCAAAAGGGUGAGAGAGGGCUUUCUGGACCAGUCGGACCUCCUGGUCCAGCUGGCCCUUUUGGUUUGAAAGGUGAAUUUGGAAUGCCAGGCAGACCCGGCCGUCCAGGUGUGAACGGAUACAAAGGAGAGAAGGGAGAACCAGGGUCAGGCUCUGGAUAUGACUACCCAGGUCCUCCUGGUCCCCCAGGACCCCCUGGUCCCCCUGGACCUGCUGUGCCCUUGGACAGAUUCGGUAGAUAUGAAGAUUAUUCGAGGCACCAUCCAGCUAUGAAAGGAGAAAAAGGAGACCAGGGAGCUGCUGGUGUUCCAGGAUCACCAGGUUUUUCCUCUAACAUUGAUAUAUAUGCCCUAAAGAAUGAGAUGAAGGGGGAGCAUGGUGAGCCCGGUCUUAAAGGAGAGAAAGGAGAGCCAGGAGGUGGAUUUUAUGACCCUCGUUUUGGAGCUGUACAAGGACCACCAGGAAACCCUGGACUUCCUGGACCUAAAGGAGACUCAAUCAGCGGUCCCCCUGGACCGCAGGGCCCACCAGGACCUCCUGGAGUUGGUUAUGAUGGUCGUCCAGGAAACCCAGGACCUCCUGGAGCCCCUGGUCCUCCAGGGUCAUCGUCAUUGCCAGGAGCCUACAGACCACAACUCAGUAUUCCCGGACCUCCAGGUCCCCCUGGCCCACCAGGAAUUCCUGGCACAGGAUCUGGGGUGGCUUUCCUGAGGUCUUAUGACAUAAUGAUGGCUACAGCACGCAGACAGACUGAAGGUGCAUUGAUUUACAUUUUGGACAGAAACGAUCUCUACCUCAGAGUUCGGGAUGGUGUUAGACAAGUGAUGCUUGGGGAUUAUAAACCCUUCUAUGGAGGGCUGGACAAUGAAGUGGCAGCGGUCCAGCCGCCCCCUGUUGUUCACUAUUCCCAAGACCACACAGCUAACAAUGGAGCAGAGCAGAUUUCUCCACCGCACCCGCCGAUCGAGUUUCCAAGGAGGGAGCCAGAGAAUAGGAACCCCAAUGCACCUGACUCCCGUUACCCAGAUCAACGAUACCCACCCUACACCGAUAACAAGUACACUGAUCCUGUACAACCACACAGAUACCCUGUACAACCAGAGAGGAACCCCAUCACUCCAGCCCGCCACCCCAGCCCCCCUGUCAAUCAACCAGAAGGACACGUCCACACUUCCGGACCAGGGUUGCAUCUUAUUGCCCUGAAUUCUCCACAAGUGGGCAACAUGAGAGGCAUUCGUGGGGCAGACUUCCUGUGCUUCCAGCAGGCUCGCGCUAUGGGCCUGAAGGGAACAUUCAGAGCCUUCCUGUCUUCCAAACUUCAGGAUCUCUACAGUAUCGUUCGCAAAUCUGACAGAGAGACAUUACCGAUUGUUAACCUCAAGGAUCAAGUCCUUUUCAGAAGCUGGGAGUCUCUCUUCAGUGACUCAGAGAGCAGGAUGAAGGACAAUGCUCCUAUCUACUCGUUUGAUGGCAGAGAUGUCCUGCGGGACAGUGCCUGGCCAGAGAAGAUGAUCUGGCAUGGGUCCAGUGGCAGGGGUCACAGGCAGACGGAUAACUACUGUGAGACGUGGAGGGCCGGAGACCGUGCGGUGACAGGCUUGGCCUCAUCUCUGCAGGCUGGCCAGCUCCUCCAGCAGACCUCCAGCAGCUGCUCCAGUUCCUACAUCGUGCUGUGCAUCGAGAACAGCUACAUGACACAAUCAAAGAAAUAAAGCCGUCCUGAAGAGCCUUUGAACACUCGACACAACAAUUUAUACAGACCCAGUUUCGCUCCAGUAGAUGUCUGUAUGUAACGAAUG